CGGGGCGUCAUGCCGACGUCAAGCCGAGGCCGCCGCCGCGGGGCCUGGUUAUCGCCGGUUCAGCGCAGCCCGGAGUCGCCCAGGCCUGAACUCCCACCCAGAUCCCCGGCCCCCACUCCGUGCCCGUGAGGACACCGGAGGUCACCCCCCGGGGGUGGGGAGCGGAGCCGCGGGUCAGCUCUGCGAGCGCCCCGCGCUGGCCUGUCCGGCCCCGCCCCCGCCCCGGGCCAUGGCCCAGCCCUUGUCCCGGCCCCUCGUCCUAUCCCGAUCCCCGCCUUGGCCCCCAGUCCCGCCCUCGCCCCGCUUCCCAAAUCGGCCCCAACCCCUGCCUGGGACUCCAUCCAGGACCCCCUUCCAGUCCCUGCCCCUGGCCUGGCCCCCAUCCCGGCCUCGGCCCUCGUUCCACCCCCUGUCACAAAUAUCAGCCCAGGGCCUGUCCCAACCCCAUUCCCAGUGUUUGCUUAAGGCCCUGGCUCAACCCCGUCCCUUGCUGCAGUCCCCAUCACAGCCCCUCCUUCCAUCCCACUCCCUGCCCUUGUUCAAGCCCCAGUGUCCAGCCCAGCCCAACCCAUUAUCUCAGCCUUUGCCCUCAUCUCUGUGUUUACCCAAGUCUCUCCCGCUAGUCCCCCCCAUCUCUCAUACUCUGCCGCUCUCCCAGCCUAGACUCAAGUCUGGGUUUCAGCUGCCGCCAGCCCUAUUGCUGCUGUUGCUGUUCUCUGUCCUUGGCCCGGGGGCUGGUGAGUGCAGAAGCAGGGAAGAUUGAGGCAAGAAUGGGGUUCCGGCAGGGAGGGAUGGGCUGGAGAGAUUCAGGAGUGGUGGGACCUGGGGAACUAGAUCAUUGGGGAGCAAGUGGGAGAAAUAGAGAGGAGAGAAGUCUUAGAGAACAGAGGGAUUGGCAGGGUCAAAAGAGUGGUAAUUAAUUGGGUUUGAGGCUCAGCAGGUGGCUUACAGUUUCUAGGACAGAGACUCCAAGAUAUUUUCUGGUGUCUGUCCUGACCCCACUUUGACUCUUGCUUUUCCAGGGAAAUCUUGUGGGCUUUGCCCCUGCUCACAAAGUUUGAUGGGGGAGAGACAGUCCCACACCAGAAGCCCCUAGUGCAGUCUGGGAAUAUAUAGCCUAAACCUUUGAGAUAUUGGGCAUGCAUUCAAACAGCAUGAAGAAGAGUUUUAAAGAUAGUAUGUAGCAAACAGAUGAAUAUGGAUUAAUUGCCAUUAUAAUGAGUUUUCUUCUUGUAAUGAUUCUUGUUCCAAAGAAGAUUGAUUUGCCUAGGAAUAAUUCCUGAUACUUUUAGAGCAGGGCUGAAACUCGGAGGCCAUUUUACAGAUGGGGAAACUGAGGCUCAGGGAGGGAGCAAUUUGUCCAAGUUCAGAUAGCUUGUGAUAGGCUGCGUGCUGGGGCUAGAAAAAAGGUUUCCUAAUUCCUAUCUCAUACUAGUGGGUUUUUUUUUUUUCUUUCUCUCUCCACUGCAAUGUAUA